CUUUCUGAUUGGACGGCAAAUUACCCCUGGGGAUAGGGGGAGGUGGAGUGCGAAGAGUCAGUGGUUUUGUGACUUUAUGAAUCCCGUUUAAUGGCGAUAACGAUGCACUUAAGCUGCUCGGACUCAUCGGAACACUAGGGCUUUUUUCGAUCCAAUGGGGCGGAGAAAGGUAGCGAUAAAGCGAAUCGAAGACAAGAGUAGCCGGCAAGUGACCUUCUCGAAGCGCCGGAACGGAUUGAUAAAGAAGGCGAAGGAGCUCUCCGUGCUGUGCGACGUUGACGUCGCCGUCGUCGUCUUCUCCAGCAGCGGCAAGCUCUACGACUUCUCCAGCACUAACAGUUUGACAGGGGUCCUACAAAGAUACAACAGCCAUGUAGAAACAGAGGAAAAGCAAUCUAAUUAUGCGCGUUACAUGACAAUUGGAGAACUGGUACAGACACUGGAAAGUGACAUUGAGGAACCUGACCAGCUUAGUGUGACUGACCUUGUCCAUUUGGAGCAGCAGAUUGGGAGUGCACUUCUAGAAACAAGAUCUAGGAAGAACUGUUUGCUGAUGGAAUCUAUCGCGCAUCUACAUGAAAAGGAGAAGAUGUUGGAAGAAGAAAAAAGGCAUCUUGAGGAGCAAAUAAGUGGAAUUAAGAAGGAUAGUGAGGAAGUGAAUGAGAUGGGUGUGGGUGUGGGUGUGGGUGUGGGUGUGGAUUUCACCAGCCUUGCGACUUCGGUUGUUGGUACACAGCAGCAAGCAGCAGCAGCAACCCUCAAUUUUCUUUGAAUCUAAUCAAUGGCCUGCCCGCUUGCAGAAGCUAAACAGAAUAAAAUUAAAUCAUGUUUGCUAUUCUUCCUAAUCAUCCCAUAAAAUGUCUAUACUUGUGAGUGAGUAAUAAGAACCUUAAUUAGGUUGUUAUUACUUUCUGCCUCUGAUCUGCGAGCUGAGCUGAGCUACCUAAAAUGUCUAUACUUGUGAUGACUCAUUGUAAUAAGGAGGUGAUCGAUGGUCAGAAGGUUGGGUAGCUUGCAGUAAUUGUGUGAAACUCUGUUUCAAAAUGUCUGUGUUUUAAUUUAUUUGAUGUUUUUUAAGCCUAGCCUGUGAUAAUAUACGUAGACCUUAAAACUC